UGGUAUCAGACGUUUCCAGCAGCUGUUGAUGACCGAUGUUGAUAAAAUCUGAUCGCCACUACAUCAGGAGCAGCUGAUUUCAAUGUUGUUGUUGUUGUUGUUGUCAGCGACAAGAGAUAAAACAAAGCAAAAAUAAUUAAAAACAACGAUAAAAAGUAAAAACUGAUAUGACAAAAAAAAAAUAUUGAAGAAGUCGCAAUUUGCUUAUUUGCACGACACUCGACAUAGUGUCCUAACGUGGUUGUUGUCGGCCGUUAGGUGUCUAUUAUUUUUACGUGAUCACCAUUGUCCGUCGAUCGUUUAAAGUUCGAGAAAGAAUGAUUUGAUUUCGUUGAUAUGGAACGACAGAGGCCAAAAAAUCGUGCUCCGACGGAGACCAAACAAUCGGCCAAAAUACAUAUUGAAGAACCAGAACCUAUAGAUGAUGUGCUGAAUUCUUCUAUAGUGGAUGAUGUUGAAAAUGCUCUCCACGAAGCAUUCAAUGAUAUUUUUUUAAGUACAGAACUUUCAAAAGAAGUAAAUGAAAGUAUUAGUUAUUUGAAUAAUGACAAUACUAAAACUUCUGAUAUAGAGAAUGUUGUUGAACAACCUACUGCUAUAAAUAUAACACCAACAUCUAUAUUACCAAUUUCAAUUCCUUGCUCUGUAGGUUCAUUACCAACUCCUUGUGCUCCAAUAUUGAAUGACUUAUGUAGUUCACCAGUUGAUGAAAUACCUUUUGAAUCUUUAACUCCAUUUAAUGAUGAACAACUGGCAGAAUAUUACCAAAAUACAUUAUUAUUUAAAUUACAAGAGUAUAUUGAAGAAUUUAAUAAAACAGAAUUAAAAUAUUUCCAAAUUUGUGAACAUCCACUUUACACAUUACUAGAAGAUUAUUUACAUGCAAGACUUAAACUUGAAAGCACUAAACAAGAAAUUAAUGAAUCAAAAUAUUCUUAUAUUACACACGAGAAGCAUAUCUGGGCAUUAGAACCAGCCACAUAUACACAGUACGGUGAAUGCCAAGAUGGAAAUCCAGUGUCAGCUACUAAAAAAUAUGAUAUAUCUAGAUUUAACCAAGUAGCUUUAGACAAUUUAGUGGUAUCUCUCAAACAGUUAAGAACUUUGGUUAACAAUUAUUAUUGUGCCUUAUAUGAUUGUCAGAUGAUGAAAGAAAAGAUUGACUAUUAUCUACAUGUAUUGUGUCAACCUUUUUCUUCUUUGUCUGCGGAUACUCCUGUGAGACUCUUUCUCGACUCUGAUGUAAGAAGUUUACAAGGGAAAAAUCUUCAGUCAGCCAUCCAUGAUCUCAAGUCUUCCAUUUCUAUAUUAUUUUUAUACCAAAGAAAAAUAAUUAACGACAAAGUUUUCAUUAAUGAAACUAAACAAUUGUUGGUUAAAGUAAUCAGUGUUUUACUUAGAGUUGCUUCGUGGAAAGAUCAUUUCUUUAUAAUGAAUCACAUUUUAAGGUGUCAAACAGGUGUUGGGAAAUGGGCCAACUCUUUUAUACAAAUACCAUUGUUUGAUUUAAAUCAUCAAGAUAAUAACUUUCAUUUAGAUUUCAUGAUUACAUCAUUAGCCAAUAUCUUACUGCCAAUCCAAGCUCGAGAUAAAUUCUUAGAACAGAUUUAUAAAAGUGAAGAUGCCAAUGAAUCUAUAUGGGUAGUGGUAGACAGCGAAGGAGAAGAAGAUAGUCCAGGAAAUUCUCAACAAACAAUUCGUGAGAGUGAUAUUAUUGCUUUUCUCAAUCAAAUGCCUUUUUCAGUUCUCUUUAAAAAAAUGAUUAUGUUUUCUGAGGAUGAAAAUGUUUUACGUAUAAACUUGUGGAAUGAACAUGAUUUAUUAAGACUAAUUGCUGUUGGCAGUGUUCUGGUUAAAUUAUUUAAAUCAGGAUUAGAGACUUACAAUUCAAAAAGUACCAAAUAUAAGCAGUUUUCAAAACGACUUGGACAUCUACUUCAAGAUACUGUAAACUAUGUUACUGAUGUAUUAGAAGAAUAUAAAAAUCAUAAGUUUGUGUCUGCCAGAAUACAAACAGAAUAUGAUGCAUUUAUAUUCCGUGCUGUUAGUUGUUUGUAUAAUAAUGUUGAUAGAACUACUUGGCAGUAUUUAGUGAUGUUACCUUUUGGACAAGUAUCUUCUAAAAUGGUAGUAAAUCUCUUCCAAUAUAUACUACACAUCAAAUCAGGUAGAUUAAUAUCACAACUUUUAAAUAUAUAUUUUAUCGUUAUAGUUUUUAUCUCGUUUAUAGAUUUUAAUGAAUGUUCAUUAGAAGAACUCUCAGAAUGCAUUACACAUACUUCUGACGAUGAAUGUUACUAUUUAUUAACAGCCAUUAGUAAUAUGGCCUUAAGCAGAUAUAUUAAUGAUUUAGACUUUAUAAAAUCAGUGACUAUUUGUUUGUUUAAAAUAGGAUUUGUGAGUAAAACAACUAAAGAACAAUGCCGUAAAACCUGUCGAACUUUGCUUACACAUUUAUCUGAUAAACAUCCAUUUCUUAUUUCUGAAAUUAUAAGUGUACUUAAACAUAACUUUGAUGAAGUUGGCUCGGGCUCUAUGUAUCUUUUCAAAACUCUUCAAUUACCAAAUUGGAAAAUUACUAUGGAUGACUUAUCAUACUUAGAACAUUUAAUACUCAAUUAUCCAAUUACAUCUACAGAAAAUUGUUUAAGUCGCCAUAUACUUUCAAAGAUUUUUUCAGGAUGCAAUGAAAAUGAUAUUAAUGAUUUUAUGUUGACUAAAGAUAUGCAUUGUCGUAUAGCAAGUAUUAUUGUCAAAGCAGUUGUACAGCAUGCUCCCAUCACUGUAGAUGAAAGUUCAACUCAAUAUUUAGUUCACAGUAUAAAACAAUUGGUACAAAUUAAAUCAAAUGAACAAGCUUUUCGAGUAUGGACUUGGAAAGUACUAUACACAUUAAAACUUCACUUAAUGGACCUACCAGAUAUUAUAGUACGUAGUUCAUUACAAGAUUUGAGCCAUUAUUUACUUUCAGUAAUCGAUAUUGAUACUGAUAAUAAUGACAUAAAAUAUUUGCGUCAUGACGACCCAAUUGCCCUAUACACUGCUGUUCAUGUAACAACAGCGGGUCAUUGUGUUCCAGUUAUUCUAAACAAGGGCUUAGAUUAUUGCUAUAGAUUAUUACAAUAUAGACAUUACACAGCAACUAUUGCUUGUCUGAAUAAGAUAGUUCCAUUUUUUUUUGAAAACACAGAUUGCCUAUUGGAAUCAAAAAAGUUUAUUACAAUUGUGGCAGGCAUUAUGGCAGAUAACAGGAACAGCUCCACAAAACGUGCUAUGAAUUUAUUAAGUGUUCAAGGGCCUUCUGAAAUCACUUUACAAUUUACUAAUAUGAUUCAAUAUCAAAUAUCUAAUUAUGCGCGGUAUGGAUUAAUAAGUCCUCAUUCUGUUAUGGACUUUUGGACUAAAGUAGUGUGCACUGUAUGGAAAGAAGCAGAGUCAGAUUUGUUUGUUUAUGUGUUGGAUACUGUAUUCAGAAAUGUUUUUCGAACUCAAUCGAUACAGUGGGCUCGAGAGAUGCUUAUAAGUUUGAUAACUCAAUUGAGUGGCUCAAAAGAAAAUGUUACGGCUAUUGGAUCAAUCUUCAAUUUUAUGUUUCAAAGUCCAGAAAAACGACCACUCUUAUUGCCCAAAUAUCCUGUGGUAUUAUAUUAUUGUCCAUAUUAUGCUCUGUUGGCAUUAGAAGCCGAAGAAUGGUGUAUUCAAGGUAGAAAUGAUAUUUGGAAAAACUUAUUGAUAAAAUUAAAAGUACAACAAGGAAAAUCUAAUGUGGACGAUGCACUCAAGAAAGUGUGUUCAGAAUUAAAAGUACCUCAUUUUACAUCGGGACAUUUAUCUUUGUAUCGGUGGAUGCAAUACGGAUUGGAAAUGCCAUCUGGUCAUCCUAUGACUUCUUUAUAUUGGCAAAACUUUUUUAGAUUGUAUUUACAGCGAGUUCCAGGAACUCAACAAUUAGGCUGUGUUGGUCGUAAAUUUUUUGAAGGCAUUGUAAAUUCACCAUAUCUAAAUAAAAUAAGUAAUAAACUUAAAGAGUGCAUUGAUUUUCAUCGUUCUAAACUUCAAACUGAACCUAACUCUGAAAUUGAUUUGCGUUUAUUAAGAUACUAUGAAGCUUGUACCCUAUGGUUAACUGAUAUUCGAAUCCUUGAAUCUACCUUAUUCAUACCUUCACUGGAUUCAAUGUAUGAACCAAAUGACCUAACGCACAUUAUUAAUGGGUCUCAUGAGUGGUUGUCAGACUUAAUCAAUCAUAAAUUAAUUGAAGAAAACAAAUUUGAAUGUGUACAAAAUUGGUGUGAUUUAUUUGGUAAAAAUGUUCUAAAUAGCAAUAAAUCUAAUAGAAGAAUACCUUUAGAGAAAGAUCCUAUAACUAGAAUUAUUAACAGAUUGAAAUCUUAUGAUGAUCCUAUAAAAUGUCCGAAUUUUGCAUUACGACUAUCAGAUAUUCAAACAAUAUCUACUAAUAUGUUGUAUCAAAAAGAUCAUUUGCAAAAUAUUUUACAAUUAAAUAUUAAACAAAUUGUACAAUUUAUUAAUAGUGUAUACCGAAUGCAAACAGUUUGUCAUGAAAAUUUAGACAAUCGUUACAUUGAUGGUGUAAAAAUGGUGUAUGUUCAAAUAGAUUCUACUACCAGAGUUCAAGCAGUUUGUGAUUAUAAAACAAAAAAAGGCAGUACGAACAGUUGUGCUGGAGCAGCUGAAAUUACUUUCCAAAUUCGAGAAGCCAAGUUGAAUUCAGAUGUAGUAGAAAUUAAUUCUAAUAACAGAUCAGAAUUGGAUACAUUAAUUACUGAUAUUUUGGAAAAUUCGUUGCCACAUUCAUUAACAACAGCAUGUACUACAUUGAAUCUAAUUAUUCAGUUAAUAUUCAACGAAUUCAAUACAUUGAUAAAAAUAGGGGAUAUUGCACUAGUUGCCGAUAUUCAAUCUUCGGGUGUUUGGUUGUUCUAUACACUCAUGUCUGAAUAUGCAAUUCUAAGGACAUGUCCUUCUAUUGAGAAAUUUGUGUUUACUAAACUUCAAUCUAUUGGAAAUGUUUUUAUAAUGAAUAAUGAAAAUGAAUGUUUACGUGUACAAAACACAGCAUUGAACUUCCCUGAACUAGCUGACAUACUGAUACCUUUAUUUUCACCAUCUAGUUCAUCCACAAAUACAUUUAUGCAAGCUUAUAAAAAUAUUGUUGACCAUUGCAAUUCUCAAUAUGAGCCUAUUGCAUUAAAUUUACUCUCUAAAUUCAAUGUGUCUGUUUGUCUAUCAACUAAACAGCCUUUACUUCAAGAAAGGUCAAUAUUAAUGGAUUACUGCAUAGGAGCUUUGAUAUUAGUUAAACAACAAACACGAUCAGAUUACACAUGGUCUUUACAUGAAAUUUUUAGUCAACAUUUAUGUGAAAUAAUGGAUCAUGAUUUUCCUGAACAUUAUGGUGAAAUAUUACUAAAACUCUUAGAUCAUUCUAAAGAAGGCCGUAUUUAUUGUCAAGUAUGGUUUAAUAUUCUCAAUACAAUUUUGGCUCAAGCUGUACCUACAACACAAACAAAUGCUGUGAGAACAAUUUUGUUGCCAGGAAUGACAACAGAUCAACUAAGAGAUGUAGUAAGGCGUUAUGCAACUGAUCAACGAUCUCUAAGUUCACAAGAACUUCAAGAAACUUUACAUCUUUUGACUACUCAUUUUGCUAAUGAAAGAUUGAAAUCUGCUACUGGAGAGCUAUAUUCAAAAUACAAUGUAUAUAUUGAACCAUUAGUUGGCUUGUAUGCUAUGGUUAGCCAUGCAUUAGUUGUAGGAACCUUACAGUCUUACCGUGGAAUGUUAGCAAAUAAAAUAUGUGAGUUUUUGUGUCCAACAUUAAUAAGUAUGUUUGGCCCAUGGUUGGAACCAUGGUAUGAGGGUUGGAACACUGAUCAUAGAUCAUUGAAACUUCCUUGGUUGGCUACGGAUACUUCAAUAUCUGCUUUAAUGGUUGAUGCAUUAGUGGAAUGUAUUAUAUUUGUUCUAGACACCAUGCCAGCUUGUGAUAAUGUCUUAAGUUUUGUUUGUCAAUGGUACAUAAAAAUGUUUGCACAUAUUCAGACAAAUGAUUACAUUUUUGAAACAAUUCACUCAAAUCUUGAAAAGUUACCUUGGCAAAGAUUUAUACCAACACCCGUUGAUUUAGAUUUGAUUAUGAAGGUCAUGGACCAAUUUUUACCCCAAUCUCAAUGUUUUUUGGCAAAUGUUAUUUUGGAAAUACCUUGGCCGUAUGUUCCGAAUCUUGAUCUCCGUGUAUUGUUAUCACUGUUUAUAAAACUAUCGAAUCAACCUAAUAUGAGAAAAGGUGGAAAAAUUAGGCCCCUUUUAUUAGAAGCUCAAAAAUUUGCCUGGUACCAAAUUGACGGGGAAACAUAUGAAAACAUUCUCAGUUGGUUUGUUUCAAAAUAUGAUCCAAUGGUUGUACUUCAACUAAGUAAUGAAGAUUGGUGUGGUACAGAUUCUGCUGUGCUUGAUCUUUUGAAAACAGCAGCUGGUUAUAACAAUAUCGAUAAUAAUGCACCUUAUGCAGAACCCAUGAUGUACAAAAGAAGAAUAUUUAUUCGUGCAAUGGUAAGAAUGUUUAUCUCGUUGGCUUCACGGUACCGGUCAGUGUUGGGUAGUCAUUACAAGAAUCUUAAAUGUGCUUUUCACCGUUUACUGGAUGAAACUGAAAUGGUUAGUAAAAAUAGUGAAGAGGCUAAACUAUUGGUCCUAGAGUUGUUGGUGUUAGUUAACCAACCUACAGGUUCCAUACUAUCAUCCCUCAUGCUACAAUCUAUUCAAGAGUGGAUUAGCCAAAGAAAAGCUGACUGUGUAGUAUUACAAGGUUUUUUAAUGGUUACUUGGUCUCAUGUUACUGAUCAACAACAUAAAGGUGAUAUCCUUGAAGCUUGCUUGACAUCAUGGUUUAAGCAUGUUGGAAAUGAAGAAGAUUUUAAAUGGGAUAAAGUGUUAUCACUAGUUCAGCCUGUGAGUCUCCACUAUCAAGGUUUAGGUGAAGUAUUAAUGACUUCCAGUCAUUUACUUACAUUAUACACACUGGCUCUAAAAGAAUCCCAAAAUCGAUCAGCAUAUCCUGACAUACUAAAUACUCUAGUACAGUGUCUAGAAUCUGUAAAACCUAAUAAUAUAACUGAAAACAAGUUACCACUAUUGUGGUCUUUAGUCUUACGAUUGAGCACUGUUGAAGACGAUCAAACAGCUGAAUAUCUGUUACGAGUUGCUAGUUCAGCUGCACAAUUAGCCCAACAUAAACAGAGUUGGAGCUUGUUUGAUGCCAUAAGAUUACAAAAACAGACCUGUAUAUCUCCAAAAUGUCGUGUGCUAUGUCGGGCUCUAGUAGCUUUUAUACACUCACAGUUACCAGAAAAUAAAUCCAGUCGUAAACAACAUAUAAGACAAGAAGACAAUGCACCCGGGGGUUUCAUGUGUAAUGACAAUGAUUUUACAACAUCUAUAGAAUGUUUGAAAGCAAUCAGCCUUUUAGAAUCUUUAAAACAAGAUAGGCAGUUUUCUGAUUCAAUCGUAGCCAUUGACAUGGCAUUAAAAAUGAUUAAAGGACCACAAAGUUCUAUGAAAACUGGUGAAUUAUUCAUAAUUAAAUUAGCUAAAUGCUUAUAUACUGAUAAUUUUAUUUACCGUAUGGAUCCAAUUUGAUGACAACAAGUUGGGUUGUCAUCGGUUUUUUUAUGUGUCGUCUGUGAUAUACUUAAUGUUGAAUAUUUAUUUUUAUUUUACUGACUAUUUUUGUUAUUAAUAAUUAUAUUAUACUUUAUAACUGUAUUCUGUUUAUUUUAAUUGAAGUUUAAUUAGUAAACAUUUCAUGAUGUUUUAUGCUUAAGUAAUAUAUUAAAUAUAUAUAUAUAUAUACGUUUAUUAUAAAA